UUUCAGAGAAUAAAUACCAUGUUCAAUUUUUUCCUUCUAUAAAAACAAAAACAUUGGGUUUCUACUCAUUCUCUUCUUUGGUCUUUGGUAAUAGCAACAAUACCAAAAUGGCGAACAACGAGAGCAUCAGAAGUGUGACAAGUUGUUAUGUUUUCAAAAGCCGAUUGCAAGAGUAUGCACAGAAAGUUGGACUUCCUACCCCUGUUUAUGAGACUAUCAAGGAAGGCCCUUCUCAUGAGCCUACAUUUACGUCUACAGUGAUUGUGAACAAUGUUAGAUAUGAUUCUCUACCUGGAUUUUACAAUCGCAAGGCGGCGGAGCAAUCAGCUGCUGAAGUUGCACUCAUGAGUCUUGGAAACUCUGGGUCAAUGGAAAACCUUUCUCAGCCAGUGCAUGAAACAGGCUUGUGCAAAAAUUUGUUGCAAGAGUAUGCUCAGAAGAUGAAUUUUGCAAUCCCACAAUAUGAAUGCGAGAGGUAUGACUCAGAAAGCAAAAUUAUAUCAUUUUCAUGUACUGUUGACGUAGGGGGAAUGAAAUAUAUUGGAGCAGCAGCUAGAACAAAGAAGGAAGCAGAGAUCAAAGCUGCUCGAACUGCAUUGUUGGCCGUUCAGUCUAGCGGUUUUGCGCCUAACUAUUCUUCAUACACUGUCGUUCCAAUGAAGAAGGUCACAGAUUUGGCAAUCAGCAACCAAGAGAGUGCAGCAGCUCUGAAACCAAAGAAACACAGAUUCAAGAAAAAGCAGACGAGGAAUGUUUCAGAUGCCAGUUAUCGUGUACGCACAAAGAGCACUGGUGACUCGGAAGUUCAGAUGGUAAAUCAAGCUAAACCAGAGAUGCAUGAAAAUGCUGCUGUGACGACUCAAGGUACAGGAUCUGGACCUGCACCUUUUGCAGGCACUAUGGGUGAUCUAGUUCCAUCCAACAAUUUGAGUUCUGAUUAUGGAACUUCAAAUCUUGGAAUCAACUCUCAGUGUGGUGGAGGAGUUACGACUGAGGGAAAUGCCAUUAUUGGAGUUGAGCAAGUAACUUCAGAGGUGGCACCAGUUGCUUGGAACGACAACCUUCAUGUACAGGACCUGCACCUUUUGCAUGAAAAUGCUGCUGUGAUGACUCAAGGUACAGGAUCUGGACCUGCACCUAUUGGAGUUGCCAUUAUUGGAGUUGAGCAGGUAACUUCAGAGGUGGCACCAGUUGCUUGGAACGACAACCUUCAUGUACAGGACCUGCACCUUUUGCAUGAAAAUGCUGCUGUGAUGACUCAAGGUACAGGAUCUGGACCUGCACCUUUUGCAGGCACUAUGGGUGAUCUAGUUCCAUCCAACAACUGUGGUUCUGAUUAUGAAACUUCAAACCUUGGAAUCAACUCUCAGUGUGGUGGAGGAGUUACAACUGAGGGAAAUGCCGGUAUUGGAGUUGAGCAGGUAACUUUAGAGGUGGCACCAAUUGCUUGUAACGACAAUCUUCAUGUGCUAUAGAUGCAGAUCAAGGACGAAGUACAAACAUGGAGGCAGAAAUAGCUUAAACAUGUUUGUUUUGCAGGAUUAGCUAUAUCAGAUGGUGGGUACAAGAACAGUUUAGAUUAUAGAGAAUACAUAGGCCGCUCAAAAAAAAUUCGCGAGUUGGUUAAGCUUUUCAUUGGAACAUCCAGAUUGAAUGGAUUGUUGAUGGCGUGCUUUCGCCAUAGUGUUAUAGCUUUUAUAGUUACUAGUACAUGCCAAAUGUGUGGUGUAGUUGGCACAGUCACAGGUGCAUGAAUCAGUCUUGACAUUACUUGGUUUACUUCAUUUGCUUGAACAUUUGAU